AAAUGUCAGUCAAUCUGAGAAAUCUUAACAAAUAUCACGAAACUAUGAAAAUAAAGUAAAUAUGCGAGGCUAAAAUAUUACCAAACCUGUGUAAUUUAAGUACGUGUAUGUACAAAAUACUUUGGCAAUAGUUUGAAGUUUAAUAUAAGGAACGUAUUUAUCGAAUACUGUUCUAAAGUGUGAUAAAAGUUUUUCUCGAAAUGGAAUCUUUAUCAAAACAAGAGUUGAUAUCAACAAUUACCAAACAAGCUGAUCAAAUCAAGCGAUACGAAGGACGGUUAAGAGAUGUGGUUGCUGCAUAUAAAGGUCUUAUUAAGGAAAAAGAGGCAUUGGAAAUAAGUUUAAAAGCCUUAAAUAAAACUGAGACCCCGGUUGAAGGAGAAGAAAACAGAGAUGAUUCAGUGGCAGCUCUCAUGCUGUCUCUUUCCACCUUAACAGCGGAAAAGUCUCGAAUGGAAGAAGCUUUUCAGGCAGACAAGAAACUUACAAGGGAUAAGUAUGAGAACCAGAUAGCAGCGAUGAGAGAGGAGACCAAAACGUUAGUACAGCAACAUUUCGCUGAGAUAAACAACUUGAAGGCUAAAGUAGCGUAUGAGAUACAAGAGAGGGAGAAAGAGAGAGCUGAUCAUCAGGCUAUGAUGAAGGAGUUGCACCUUAAGUUGAACAGCGAAAGAAAAACAAAGGAAAGAUUGGAAGAUAAGGUGGUUCACAGUUCUGAAGCUCAUGCAGUGUCCCAGACAGAGCUGGAGAAGCGCGUCCGCGACCUGAGCAGCUCGCUGUCGGCGGCGCAGCGGCGCCUGCAGCGCGCGGAGGCCCGCACCGUGGAGACGCCGGCGCUGCUCGUGCGCCUGCAGCACAAGCUGGCGCUGCUCGAGCAGUCGCACGCCCUGGCCAUCAGGGAGGAACAAAUAAAAGCGAAACGCGCCGAGGAGUCAGCCCGCAAGGUAUGCGCCCGGCAGGAGGAGAGAGUCGCGCUGCUGGAGAGCAAGCUGGCCGAGCUGUCCGAGACCGUCGGGCGCUACGACCUGCGCAGGAGGCACGACCUGCAACUCAUACAGCAACUCAAGGACUCGCUCAACGGACGGCUCAUGGAUAAGAUUACAGCUAAUAAUGAUUAUGAAGACGCCGCAGAGGCCCAACAAAAAAGCGAGACAGACAACGAAAAACUAGCCGACAGCGAAUACCUACAAACACUCAUAGACAAAAUACACAUCUUGAAGAAAGAACUGAUCGCAGAGAACGACAAACUAGGAAGUCCAAUAGACAUAUCAUCAGUUUUCAAAGUCCAAGGCUAUGAGAACAUACAUUUGAAAUGCAGGGAAGAGUAUGAGAGUUUGAAACUUGAGUAUGAGAUGUAUAAACAGCAAACGAAAGUAAGGGAGGUUGGUGACAAUGUGGAGAGUGACGUAGGGGACCUGAAGAGUGAGAUAGCAGUACUCAUUGAGAAGGUGGAGACGUAUAAGAUGAUGUUGGAGGAAGAGAGACAGGAUAAGUUGGAUACUUUGAAACUUUAUGAGGAGAAAAUGAAAAACGAGCAAGACUACCACUCGGAAGUGGUGUCGGAGCUGAAGACUCGUGUCCAGAGCCUGGAGAAGCAGGUCCACACGCAGCGGGAGCGCUACGCCGCGCUGCUGGACGAGGCCGACAACUACAUCCGCGCCAGGAACGACCGCCGCGCCAGCGCAGACGAGAACAACUACAAGGAUGGGAUGCUUACUGACGUAUCAGCACCGCCGCAUAUGUUGCACUAUGCGCACGAGUUAGCCAGGAAAGAUCUAGACAUAUCGCAGCUCAGGAAGGAGAAACAUAUCAUGGAGGGGCAGUUCAGAGAUUGUCAGCGGGAUGCGACAAUAGAGAAAGAACGCUUCAAAGAAGUCAUAAGGACGUUGAAAGAGGAGAUAGACAGACUACGCCGCAUCCAAUCCCGUGAAGGCGCGAACUUGGAAUAUCUGAAGAACGUAGUGAUGGCGUACCUCAUGUCCACAGACUACGCCGGCAGGAAACACAUGCUCAACGCCAUCGCCGCUGUACUACACUUCACUGCUAACGAGAAGAACCAAGUUCUUACCAACCUGUGAAGAAUGUUAGACGGAGAAUAUUUGUCGGGAAUGUGUGGAGAAGAAUUGUGAUAUAAACCUUGUCGGUAAUGAUUUAAUUAUGUAAUGUUUUCGUUAAUUUUGGACCUUGAAAGGAUAGUUUUGGAAUCGGAUUCUCAUUUCGCCACAGGCAGUGGCAACGUGGUCGAAGUUAGUCUCCGACACCUGCAAAAGUAUCGAAACUUCGGCAAUUGAAAGCUAACAAUUAAAAAAGUUGAAAAAUUAUUAAGUUUCAAUCUAAUUCUUUUGUAUAAAGGCCAUUGAGACAAUCACACUUGUAAGAGAUAUAAUUGGCUGUCUAGGGCUUCCUUAAACUACGCAGUUAUUGACAUAACAUAAGUAGUGCUAUCACAACCACUAGAAAAAAAUACAGAGGCAUUUCGCUGUAUUCUCGGUUAUUACAGCGAGGAUUACGUAUUUAAAAUAUUUAUUUAAUACUUCUAUCAAUAAAAUCUGUACAUGGGAAGACGUAAUGCUUGAGGCAUUCCCUACCAACCAACUUCUUCCAAGAAUAUUUAUUACCAAAAUGGAAUGCGUUUAUCUAAAUCUCGUGCUCCAUGCUAGAACGAACAACAAAUCCUCAGACUUGACAGUCGUCUUUGUGACCACGAGUCAUGAGACCUUGGUAUAUCAUUAAUCAUUAUACUAGUUAUAUACCAAUCAUAUUGCUUCAGGUGGGAUUGGAUAGGCGAAAAACUAAUUCUUUAAAAAAAUGCUUCAGGGGAGUAUUGAAAUGCAAUAAACGAAUGUAUGUCUUAAUCCUUAAAAAAUCGGGUGUAUGUCACAGGUAGGUAUCACUCGUCUCAUCAUAUCAGUGGAAGUCCAGUGUUGGACAACACGGAACUAUUUAUCAACAUCGACUAUUAUUAGCUCAUACUAUUGGUCAAAUAUCGGUAACUGUUACACUUUGAAAGAAUGUUUAUGUUAAUAAUGUAAUGGAAUA